AAUAAAAAAUAAAUAAAAAUAUUUAAACGAAAAAAAAAAAACAUUUACAGCCAUUAAAGGGGAAAAACUUUUCCAUACAUGCGACGGCAUAAGAAAUGAAUGAAAAAUAUUCUUAGAGAAAAAGUUAAAUUAAAUUUUCUCGAAUAAAUUUAAAAUAAAGAAAUUCAUGCUGGCAGUGAUGUGUGCAAGUCCAGUUCCGAGUCCUGUGGGCUCGGAAAUCUCAGUUGGGUCUCCAUCGCCACCACCAUCUGAGUGCGAAACAUCUAAAAAUGGUGACGAUUAUUUUCAACCAUUGAAACGUCUUAAGAUGAUUGAUCGAGAAGACAACAAUAAUCACAGUGAUACUAGUCGAAGCACCAAGAGCUCUGCUGCGAAGUCAACGGUGGAAGGUGUGAAGAGCUUUAGCAUAGCAGAUAUCUUAGGUCGUGAUACGAAUAAGUGUUCAAACCCCCGUGAUACAAUCAACAGUCUCGCUCACACUUUACAACAACAAGCGAGAAUUGUGAGGCCGUGGGAUCAUCUGCAACAUCCGAUCUCGAUCCGACCACUUCUGCCACCUGCACUUCUUCACUAUGAACAGCGAUUAGCGAUGGAUUAUCAUCAACAACUUCAGGAACAUUUUCGAGCUCAAGCUCAGCUACUUCGUCACAUGAACUUGGAAAUUAUUCCCUCCGAGAGUGGAUCAGAACGAUCGAGUUCUGUUGCAAGCGAUUGUUGUUCACCAGACAUUGGUCGGUCAUCAGAAAAUUCAGGAAGAUCACAACAACAAAAUCAACGAGAUCAACAACAGAAGCAACAGUCAAACAACAAUAAAUCUCCCAAUGGAACUCCACUCGAUGCACUCUUUCAACUUUCGAAUAAAAAUUUCGAUGAACAACAAAACGAAGGAGAAAAUCCGCAUAUUGACUUAUUUUCUUCACGACCACAACCGAAGAAGAAGCGAAAAUCACGAACAGCAUUCACAAAUCAUCAGAUCUUUGAACUUGAAAAGCGAUUUCUUUAUCAAAAGUAUUUGUCGCCAGCAGAUCGAGAUGAAAUUGCAGCUGGCUUAGGACUAUCGAAUGCACAGAGAUAUCGAAGUAAAUAUCUUUCAUUCGUUUGUAAACUUGAUGAUGUUGUUGACUAUGCGUUGGCAGGCAAUUUAAUUAAGUUAUCACGUGGUUUCAGAACAGGAGAGCAAAGUCUAAACGAGAUUUUUAAUCAUUUCCGCAUCUGCAAAGUUUGUGUCAUUACUUGGUUUCAAAAUCGAAGAGCGAAGCUGAAACGGGACAUGGAAGAACUGAAAAAGGAUGUCGAGAGUGUCAAAAUACUUACCACACAGAAAAGUUUCCUGGAAAACGUCAAUGAUAUGAAUAUUCUCAGGAAGAAAUCUAAGUUUGCGGUUACGCGAAAGAAGCAAGAAAAGUUUAAAUUGUUGAAGGUUCUUGAAGGGUUAUCACAUUUGUCUGAAGCACUAAGUCGUGAUGUGAGUCCCGUGGGCUCGGAAAUCUCAGUUGGGUCUCCAUCGCCACCACCAUCUGAGUGCGAAACAUCUAAAAAUGGUGACGAUUAUUUUCAACCAUUGAAACGUCUUAAGAUGAUUGAUCGAGAAGACAACAAUAAUCACAGUGAUACUAGUCGAAGCACCAAGAGCUCUGCUGCGAAGUCAACGGUGGAAGGUGUUAAGAGUUUUAGCAUAGCAGAUAUCUUAGGUCGUGAUACGAAUAAGUGUUCAAACCCCCGUGAUACAAUCAACAGUCUCGCUCACACUUUACAACAACAAGCGAGAAUUGUGAGGCCGUGGGAUCAUCUGCAACAUCCGAUCUCGAUCCGACCACUUCUGCCACCUGCACUUCUUCACUAUGAACAGCGAUUAGCGAUGGAUUAUCAUCAACAACUUCAGGAACAUUUUCGAGCUCAAGCUCAGCUACUUCGUCACAUGAACUUGGAAAUUAUUCCCUCCGAGAGUGGAUCAGAACGAUCGAGUUCUGUUGCAAGCGAUUGUUGUUCACCAGACAUUGGUCGGUCAUCUGAAAAUUCAGGAAGAUCACAACAACAACAGAAGCAACAAUCAAACAACAAUAAAUCUCCAAAUGGAACUCCACUCGAUGCACUUUUUCAACUUUCGACCAAGAAUUUUGAUGAGCAACAGGAAGAAGAAAGCUCCUCAAUCGACUUAUUUUCAAAUCGACCUCAACAAAAGAAGAAACGAAAAUCUCGCACCGCUUUUACUAAUCAUCAGAUCUUUGAGCUUGAAAAGCGGUUUCUCUAUCAAAAAUAUUUAUCCCCAGCAGAUCGUGAUGAGAUUGCAGCUGGUUUGGGAUUGUCAAAUGCGCAGGUCAUUACUUGGUUCCAAAACAGAAGAGCUAAAAUGAAAAGAGACAUGGAGGAACUUAAAAAGGAUGUCGAGAGCGUAAAAUUAUUAACAGCACAUAAAAGUUUCCUCGAAAACGUCAACGACAUGAACAUUUUGAAAAAGAAAAUUGUUCAUGAUCACAAGAUUGAGCAUAGCUAACGAGUGAAUCGUUAAUUCUCGAUAAGAUUACAAUAAAUGUACUUCCAAAAUUCUUUAACUAAGUUUACUGUUUGUUCUUCAAAUUCUUUUAGUUUUAAAGACUGGCUAUGAAUUCAAAUAUUAUUAUUAUAAUUAUCAUUUAAUAAACUUCACUUUGAAUGAUG